GCCCUGGUUGUGUCUCGAAGGGGAGUGCAACAUGAUGGCGGCGGCUGCGGCGGCCGAGGAGGACGAAGAGCACGAGGCGGGCUGGGAUGCCUUCCUGGACAGGUUCCGCGGUCCCGAGCGCUACGCGGGCGCCCUCAGCCCCGAGAACUGGGAGCAGGAAUUUGACCAGAUCCCAAUGUUCAUGAAGAAAGCUCCUGCUGAAAUAGAUCCUAAGCAGAAUCCUGAUCUUGCUUGUCUUCAGUCUAUUAUUUUUGAUAAAGACCAAACACCUGAAGCCCAGACCUAUAAGAAUGAGGGCAAUGAUUAUUUCAAGGAAAAGGAUUAUAAGAAGGCUGUGAUAUCCUAUUCAGAAGGACUGAAAAAGAAGUGCAAUGACCUAGAAUUAAAUACUGUUCUUCAUACAAACAGAGCUGCAGCCCAGUUUUAUUUGGGUAACUUUCGCUCUGCUCUCAAUGAUGCUAUCGCAGCAAGAAAACUGAAACCUAAUCACCUCAAGGCAAUUACAAGAGGAGCACUGUGCCAUUUGGAACUUAAACACUUCUCUGAAGCCAUAACAUGGUGCGAGGAGGGAUUGAGAAUAGAUCCAAAAGAAAAGAAGCUUCUGGAAACAAGAGCUAAAGCUGAUAGACUAAAGCGCGCUGAAGAGAGGGAUUUCAGAAAAGCUAAAUUGCAGGAGAAGAGGGAAAAGUCUCGGAAGGAGGCCUUACUCAAAGCUAUCAAGGAUCGGAACAUCAAAUUGUCUGUAGCAUCCUCUAAGGAAGACACGGCGAUAUCAGCAGACCUGGCUGAGAUGUCUUUAGAUGGACUUGGCUCAGAAAAUGCUAUCGGUGCCAAAGUCUGUUUAGAUGAGAAUGGCAGCCUAACCUGGCCUGUGUUGUUCCUGUAUCCUGAGCAUGGGCAAACUGACUUCAUCUCCUCUUUUCAUGAAGAAUCGAGAUUUACUGACCACUUAAUGGUCAUGUUUGAAGAACUACCUCCCUGGGAUGUAGAAAAGAAAUAUAUUCCUAGUGAACUGGAGCUGUAUUUUGAGGACGAAGAAAAAGGGGAGAUAUACCAGAUAGACAUGGAAACCACAUUGCUACAAGCACUGCAGCACCAAAGGUACUUCAUAAAAGCCGGGACUCCUACUUUUUUGGUUUUGGUCAAACUUGCACCUUUCUCUAAAAACUACUUCUUUGGGAAGAAGGUCCACCAACUAAAGUGAAUGAACAUUUGGGGGUGGGGGGGAAUACAACACACAAUGGAACAAGGCCUCUUUAGAUUUAUAAAUUUUCAGAUUUAAGAUUUAUAAAGACGGAACAUUGUGUACACAUGUAUCUUCUUCUGCAACAAUUGAGAUGGCAAAUUUUCUAAUCCUAAUCACAGAAACUGCACCUGCACUUCUAUUUAAUUGGGAAUAAGCAUCGUUCGCAUUUCCUUAAAAGUAAAGGAAUAGAACAAAACUGGGCAUACGUUAAGUAGAAAACCUCACCCUCCACUGUCAAAGGCAGUAUGCCUCUGAAUAGCAGUUGCGGAGUAUCACAGGUGGGGAGAAUGUUGUGGCAUUUGGGUCCUUCUCACACGUAUCUGCUUGGGCACUGUAAGUACAACAUACUGAAUUAUAUGGGUCUCUUUUUUUACCUGAUCUAGCAGGGCUCCUGUUAUGUUAUUCACCUAGAUAUUUAAUACACUGAGUUUUGCUUGAGAGAAACAGAUCCCCCCCCCCCCGAAGAUCUGAUUAGUUCUUGAAGUAUCCAAUUUGCCAUAAACCAGGCAUCCCCAAACUGCGGCCCUCCAGAUGUUUUGGCCUACAACUCCCAUGACCCCUAGCUAACAGGACCAGUGGUUGUAGAAGAUGGGAAUUGUAGUCCGAAACAUCUGGAGGGCCAAAGUUUGGGGAUGCCUGCCAUAAACCGUGUUAAUCUCAAUGGGGCUUCUACUUGCAGCUUGGGGCAACACAGUAUAACUUUACAGAUUUAAGUGCCAUAAAAUAAGUGUAUCUGGGGGUCAGGGAGCAUACUUGCAUCCAAUGCUAUGCAAGCACAGCUAACAAUUCUGUUUUAGGAAUAGUUAGAAUGGGGGGGACCCCCUAAAUGCCUGCCAUAUGUUGUUACUUUUCCAAUAGCUUCAUACAAAGGGUUUGCCUGCUCAGUAGGCACAGAGAUUAAACCAAAGCUGCGAUUUAUUCACUACUGUCUUGUGCACUUCAGCAAAGGAAUGUGGAAUGCCAUUGUUGAGAGCUUUACAAUUUUGCUGGCUUUUUGCUGUGACAAGAUCGCAUUAACCUAUCUUUUAAAAUAGGUUUUAAAAGGAGCUGGGCACAUUUUAUAUAUUAUAUUAUAAAUUAUGGUUUAAAUUUCUGGAAGUACAUUUCUUACACCUACCCAGUUGCUAACGUUGUGGCCAUAGUAGCAUCCUUUGCCAUGCUGCUAACAUACAAGUAAUAAAACAUAAAAUGACUUGUUUCUAGAGUACAAUAUCUCAAGGACGCGCCUUCACACUGAGUCUAUCUAUGGCAUCCCUCUAUAUACAGCUUAAUUGUUUUUGAAGUGCUCUCAUGCAAGUGCUUUCUGAACUUGGAAAUGACAUAACUUUUCAUGGAGGUGGGAAGAUCCAGUAAACGCAACUUAAGGCGUAAGGCAAGGGAUGUGCUGGACAGCAACUAACUCCUGAGUUCAACCUAUAUAGAAGGGCAAGUACUACCUGAACAAGCUUGGCUAGUGCUUGUCUCCAGGGAAAAGGAGAUACCAAACUGCUGCUUGACUUUUGAAAUUAGACCUUUGUUGUAUAGCAAAUAAAGAACAGGAGUGUUUUACAAUAAGGCACUUUCGGCCGGGAAACAAAUUCAUUACUGCAGUUAGAUUUCGGUUUAUUAGCUCAUCUGUUCUUGCUCCUUGGAACGUAAGGCUUUAAUAUAAUCCAUGGUAGAAUUAAAAACCAGUCACCUUUCGGCUAGGAAGAGCAUUUUACCUUUUCAGAAGUUGGUAUCAAAUAUAUUUGAUAUCAGAAGAGAUUUUCCCUGGACUGGACCAAGCACAGUUAGGAAGUCAUAGGUGCCCUUAAGCUGAUACCCAUAACUAGCAAGGCUGCAGCCACUUUAAAAGGUUAACAUCUGGUCCUUUAGAAGACUAAGGGGAGCAGAGGGCAAAUGAAGUGACCAAUCCUUUUUCAGCUGUAGGCAUCUGCUUACGAAUUUUUCAUUUUCAAAAAGAAAUCUGUUACUUUGGUGGCAUUUAAAUUGUCUCAUAAUUGUCUGACCAGGUAUUACUAUUAGAAUGAGCCUUGAUCAGCAAGGAGUCCAGUGUUCUAUGAAAGGUCGAUUAGUGCAUGGGCUGCCAACCCAAUGAUGGCUAGAAAAUUUAUAGCAUGCUACACUCAGAACACGGUGAUCCAAGCACCUGUGAAUCUUGUGUGGAGGAGCACUCUACAGCAGGGGUCCCCAAACUUACCCAGCUUUGGGCAGGUGCACGGCAGGGGAGCGCGCCCCCAUACACGGGAGCGCAUGCUAUUUCCGGCGUACUUCCGGGUUGGAGGAGGGCCGGAAAUAGCUUGUGUGCAUGCGCACGGGCCUCCUCUGACCCGGAAGUGCGCCAGAAAUGACGCAUGCACACAAGCUCUUUCCGAUGCUCCAGCCACCUGGAAGUGGGCAACCGCACCACGCUGUUAAGAGCAGGCAGCAUGGGUUGCAGGAGGCCGUAUAAAAGAGCCUCGCGGGCCACAUCCGGCCCGCAGGCCUUAGUUUGGGGAAGCCUGUUCCACAGCAACCCAGGUCAUGGCUUCAGCCAUUUGCAGUCCAUCUUUUCACAAUCAUGCCCAUGCAGGUUAUUUACCCAUGUGCUUAUAAUGUUGAAAGGUGAGCAGCCAUAUAGUAGAGGCUCAAGCCAUUGCAUGCGAUGCAGCACAGGUUACAGAGGGAAGAGAAACCACGGUAGAUGCUCAGUCUGCUUGUCAGCUCCCUGUAAUGAGAAUCCAGUUGACGCAGCCGCAUAAACGACUUAUGCUGGAACCACCCAGCAUCCUCUCCCAAGCCAUAGCUUUGCUCAAUCAGGUGCAUUUCGGCCAUAAUAUCUGAAGUCACUUGCCCAAACCACUGAGCAUUUAGAGCAGCAACUAUGACACAAAUGAAGAAGACUGUAAUCUGGAAAGGAAAGACAGUUAUGCUAUGAGCUAUUUAUUGUCGGGUAGCAUCAGCUGGUAUGUGGGGGGUUUUCAUAUCACAUGUAGCUGCAAUCGCUUUGCAGGAAUAAUAUUUGGAUUCAUGGCUGGUACCUAGGCAGGUUCCUGUGGCCCCAGCAAUGCAUAUCAUCCUUAAAAUAACCCAGUGGGUUGGCCCUGCCAUUGCAUUUUCAAAUUAGGAUUAAUAGGGUAUAUUUCAGUGCAAGAUGUUCCAUUCCUGUGCCAAGUCACCAAACACUGCCCCUCCACCUACUGUCUGAAUGCUACCCCCUACCAGCCGUGGUUACAGGAAACACAAAGAGGGCUCUGUUAGUAAGCGUGGGUGGCUUCUUGGUCUGACCACUUCUUCCUAAGGCAGGCAUGCCAUCACAAGCGAGGCCAUGUAACAAAGCAGAAUGGCGGACUAACGGAUGCACGUGAUAUUUAAAAGAGGGAGCUCACUACCUGCAUGGUUUCUUCCUCAUUGAGAAGUUCGCUGGGGUGACACAUGGCAAAUAUGGUCAGGUUGAUGAAAGCACAAGCUGAGCCAAUGUGGAAGUAAUAAGGGAAGAGGCAACUCUGAAUAAAUCCAAAUGUAUGUUGUGAGAGAUUGUUGCCCAUCACAAAACCUGCAAGAACAAGUGGGGCGAACACAAAGGAACAAGGUUAUUUAAAUGAUACAGAUGCUAAAAAUAAUACCGUAGCUAUUUUUUUAAAAAAACCAUUGGAUGCAAAAUACAGUUUUGGAUAAUCUCUUCUAGCUUCAGACUGGCUUAUUUCCAUUUUUUAUUAGGGUUUUCCACACUUGGUGGUUUUACCUUCACAUCAUCAUCAUCAUCAUUCAGCUGCUUGGUGUCUAGGAAUAUAGACUCGCCAAUCCAGAAAGUACAUAUCCUUGCCGACCAGUGUUAAUCCCUAUUUGCCCAGCCUACAUCUUGCUGCCAAGCUAAAGUAGCCCUUUUCCCCUUUCUAAAUUCACUGCAUAUGCCAGUCCAGAGCAAUCCCAUUUCUCCCAAUGUUGAAUCCCUCCCUAAAUAAAUUAACUGUGAUUAAUUUGACCUUUAAGCAUCUAUGUGCAAAGAGUGGGGGUGUGGAAUGGUCCCAACAUACUGGCUAUAAAAGUCACCCAUAUCUGCAUUCCCCAGAAAGUUGAAAGGAAAACCAAAUGGAGCACUUUCACUAAGGUCGGGGGAUGAGCAUCUGUGGACAUGGUACUUCAAGAAGAUAGUCGCUUGCAACUCCCUUGGCCAAACUUCAACUUGGGAGACUCUUGUUUUACCUGUUCAGACACACUGAGAGGCAAAAGAAAGUUAUUUUAGCUUCAAAGUAGUCAGAAAUGUCCUGUGCCCUCAAAAUUAAAGUGUAAUUGUCACAUAUGUGUUCUCUCACACCAGUAUUCUUAGGGGUAUAUGUUUUGUAUUGCUGCUGUGAAGGAGUUGAAUUUAAAUGGACCAGCUAAUAGUGCUUAACGAAAUUCUCAGCCAGUGCUCCCAAGAGAAAGCUACGGUAUUCUGAGACAUCUGCAAACAGUGGCACUUAUAACCUCCCCUUUUGACUAGACUGAUAAAAGGAUGGCCAGGUCAGCUCACCAUAUGCCACCAUAAAGCCAGGUGCAGGUUUUAAACGGCUUCGGGCAACAUCUGGAACCAUUGAUGCCAAUGAGCGUUUAACCACUGAUUGCAGAGGGAUGUGAGUUGCAUUCUUAAAGACUUGGAACACAGACUUCUUCUUUAUUCCUUUUCCCCCAGCAUUUAUUCCAUGGUCUUUGGAUUACAGUGGAGGGAAGCUUCUCUGUUACUUAAGGUAAAUUCUGACCCCAGUCAAUGCUGGGUAAAGUAGGUCUGGGAUUAGCUCAAAGCAAUUAUUCCAGCCCACCAAAAAUUAGGGCCACUUCCAGUGUCACAAAUUUAUGUUGUAGUCCGAAAACAGCUGGAGACCCAAGUUUGGGAAACCCUGCUAGAGGAAAUGUUCCAUGUGUGGUGGUUGCCAUGUGAGGGGCACAUCAAUUAUGGAGAAAUUCUUUAAAUGUCCAGAGUGCUUUAACAAAGUGGAUGCAAAGGGCAUAAUGUAAAUUUUGGUAUGGGCCCAAACCAUUAGAAUGGUGUGGGCUAGCAGAAACGCAAAGUCAUACAUCAUUUGUAUCUAGAAAAACACAAGCAGGAAUGAAAAUAAUUAUUCAGUAAUUGUCUAUAGCAGGUCCCACAGCCAUCCUCCAAUCACCUACCAAAAAUACACUUGCCGUUACAGACCCUCAGGUGGUGAAUCAACUACAAAUGUAGAUUCCGACUGACAGUUGCUCAUCAAAGCCAAUUGCUAUAACAAGAGAGUCCAUACCUGAAUUUAUUUGAAAUGGUUUUACAUGGUUUUUAUUGUAUUGUGAAACUGUUUUGAGAGGCUUCAUGGGAAGUGACUCCUAAAAUGUUGUUAUGGAUUGCAGCAACAUGCUCCUUAUUCCAAGCUGUAAAACAUUUUCAGCAGGGUAACACACAUCCUGAUCUGAACAGAAUACUGCAUAAAAUAUAGGAAGAGCAAACAAGGAGAGUAACAGGUUUUUUCCACUCCUUAAACUUCUAAGUACCUCAAGAUGGGCAGUUUACUUUCAUAGAAACACAUAAGCUGACACUUGUCUUCCUCAUCCCUUCACCCUGCAACACAAAAGGGAAACUCGGAGGCUAGUAAAAGACAAAUACCGUUUUCCCCAAG